CUUGCCAUGGAGUUGUGACUUCACACUGUGACUGACCAAUCGCACCACAGAGAUAUUACUGUGAUCACUAAUCGACCAAUCGCAACAUGGGAGGCGUGGCCAAAACAGCCACUUUGGAUGGGCCAAUCACGCCAUGUGGGGCGUGGCUUCGCUUAAAGGGGACAUUGCCUGGUAUUUUUGUCGUGCCUGCCCGGUGUUUUCCCCCUGUUGCACUGUGGGGAGGGGAGUAUUUAACAACUCACUGCACCUAUUUUUAGCUUCAUCUCCCACCCCAAUUUCUCAUUCUCUGGCCCCUUAAGAAACUUGGGCGUGUCCCCUCUUGGAAAGCCGUGUAGUUCUUGUUUGUGGAGGACUGGGUGGGGUUUAGAGAAGAAGCUGGGCUGAGCCCGAUCUAUCCUGUCCCCAGGCCACCCUGAGUGACUAGGGACAAGCCUGGGAGCCAAGACUCCUGGGUUCUCUCCCUGGCUGGGAGAGGGGAGUGGGGGGCUGGGAGCCAGGACUCCUGGGUUCUCUCCCUGGCUGGGCGCGGGAAUUGGGGGCUGGGCGCCAGGACUCCUGGGUUCUCUCCUUGGCUAGGGGAAGGGAGUGAGGGACUGGGAGCCAGGACUCCUGGGUUCUCUCCCCGGCUCUGGGAGGCAAGUGGGGUCUAUUGGUGGCCCUGGUGCCAUGAGGGGGCUGCCCCCUGCCAUCUAGACAUCCACAGGGAUGCAGAUCUGUCACAAAGCUUGGCACCCUCAGCUCUCACCUGCACCCAGAGGGACACCAGGGGUGGGGCAUGAGGCAGGUGUGGAGGGAUUUGCAGAGUGGGCCAUGGGGCAGUGGUGUGGGAAGGAGGAAGCACGGGGCAAAAGGACCCCACCCAGAGUGGUUGCUGUGGAGAUGGGGGGGCCUAUGGACCAACGGGGUACAGCGGUGGCAGCACACCUCUUCUUCUUUCUUUAACACCCAUCACCCUUCUGCCAGAUCCCUCGCUCCAGAGCCCUGUUACUUUUCGUAGCCUGGUGGUUUUUUUACUGGUCAUUGUAAUAAAUUCCUAGGAGCUGGAAACAUUAUAAGGAAAAUAAGUUCUCUCCUGGCCCCCGGCCUGGUUGAAGUCUGCAUGGCAGACCUUGGGCAGCGUUAUGUAUGGCUGUUCCCAGCUGCCUCACCCCAGAGCUGGCUGCAUCUCAGCGCCAGGUAAACCGUCUCUGUGCAGGCCGUGGGCGCGCUGCAGAGAACCUGCAUCCGUAGUCAGUUUCGUGUCUGUGGCUGACCUGCCUGGAGGGAAGUGGCAGGUGAAAGGAAGUGAGUGAGCAUCACGGAGGUGGCUGUCUCCUGCCCAAGCUGCAGAAGGAAGCCGGGGUGCUGUGCUGCAGGUCGAGGGGGCUGGGCAGGGGCCGCUGUCCCCUAGCAGGCAGGGCUGGGCACUGUGGGAGCACCAUGGGGCAGGGGGCAGGACAGGGGGCGCUUUCCCCUGGCAUUGGGAGGUACCGUUGGGUGGUGCAGUAUGGGGCCAGCACCCUUGGUGCAAUCGCUACAAACACAGGAACUGGCCCCCCCGCCUCCCCCAGUGCAGGAAACCACAGGGGCGGAAGCGCCGCUCAGCUUCGGGGACUUGGUGCUGAGCCACCCGCGCCCUGGUGGGCCGAGUGGAGCAGGUGCAGGGGGGCCUCAGGGAUGCGCUGAGCGACCAUGGAUGAGGAGGGGCCGGCGGAGCAGGAGUCAUGGUCCCCAGUGCAUCGGGAGCGGUCCCAGACCUCGGGGUCCCUGUCCGAGGGCUCGGGGAAGAAGCGGAAGCAGCAGGGGGCACCUGGCAUGGGGCAGCGGGGGCCUGAGCCCCAGACCUCCGAUGACAAGGAACCCUGCACCAAGCGGGUGAAACCUGUCACCAAGACCCUGUCGGGCUCGGGGGCCCCCUCGGCCAAGGUGACACCGCUGAAACGCCUGAGCCAGUCGAUCCAGAGGUCCAUCAGCUUCAAGACGGAGCCCCGCCCCCCUGGCUACGUCCCGCCCUCCCGAACCGGGGGCUGCCGGCGCCGCAGCAGCAAACUCUGGAGCGAGACUUUCGACCGGGUCAGUGAGGAGCUCUCGGCCCACGAGGUGAAACGCCAGGAGGUGAUCUUCGAGCUGAUGCAGGGGGAGCAGCAACUGGUUGACGAUUUGAACCUGGUCAAGAAGAACUACUAUGAGCCGAUGCUGACGCUGGCCAUCCUGCCCGAGGCCGAGCUGCGCGAGAUCUUCGGGACCCUGGAUUCCCUGGCCCCACUGCACGAAGACUUGCUGGGGCGUCUGAUGGGUCUGAGGCAGGAGGACGGGACGGUGCCUGAGCUGGGACCCACCCUGCUGGACUGGCUGCCCAGGUUGCGGGCCUAUGAAUCCUACUGCUGCCACCAGGUGUGGGCCAAGGCGCGGCUGGACCGGUGCAAGCGGGAGCCGGCAGUGGGGGAAUUCCUGCGCCUGUGCCAGGAGUCGGCCUUCAGCCGCAAGCUGGAGCUCUGGAGCUUCCUGGACCUGCCCCGCAGCCGCCUGGUCAAGUACCCCCUGCUGCUGCGGGAGGUGCUGCGCCAGACGCCCCCCGAGCACCCCGACCACGGGGCCCUGCAGCGGGCGGUGGCGCUGGCCCAGGACCUGGUGGGGCUGAUCAACAGGAGGACGGGGGAGGCCGAGUGCCGCUACUACCAGCAACGGCUGAGCUACCCCGACGGGACCCCUCGGCACCCCAGCAUCCAGCGCUCCAGCCUGCUGCUCUGCCACGGGGAGCUCCGCAACAGCAAGGGGCAGAGGCUGCACGUGUUCCUGUUCCAGGAGGCGCUGGUGCUGACCCGGCCCAUCCUGCAGGGUGAGCAGGUCAUGUUCCAGGUCCAGGGCCCCCCCCUGCCCGUCGCCCAGCUGGAGGUGCAGGACCUGCCUGACGGGGGGGCCCGGCUCGGGGGGGCCCUGCGCGAGCGCGCCAGGAGCUGCCUGCGGGUCAGCGCCGGGGCCCAAGCCCACAUGCUGCAGGCGGCCGACGCCUUCGACAAGCAGCAGUGGCUGAGCCGCCUGCGCCAGGCCCUGGUCCCCCGACCCCCUGUGGAGCUCGACUGCAGCCUGGGGCCCCUGGCUGCCCUGCGCCUGGACUGUGACCCCCCCAUGGACCACACCUGAGCCAGGGCACCCCCCGGUGCCAGCACCUAGGGUUCAUCGUCACGUGGAGCUGAGAGCUGAGCCACCCGGAUGCCUGGGUCCUGCCGUGACGCCGGCCUGCCGAGCUGGAUUCAUCUUUCUCCAUCUCUCUCCUGGGUCCAUCCCCCCCGCCCCCGCUCCUGUAUUUAUUGCAGCCGAGGGUUAUUAACCCCGUGCAGGCUGCUCUCGGGCCGUCUCCUCUCCCACGGCGGUCCUACCCCCCCAGGUUGGAAGACGAAGGUGCCCCCUGGCCACCCUGGAUUGGGAGUGGGGGGCCCUCGCGUGUCCCUGAUGCCCUGUACCCCUCCCCCAGCCUUUCUGUGACCAGCUGCCAAUAAACGUGUGAUGGUUUUG